AUGUGCACAGUCCACGUCCUCAAGUGCCCACACUGUCUCUCGUGUGAGCCAAUCCGCCAGGUAUGCGAGCUAACACUUCCUCAUGGUAUUUGCCAACGUAAUCAAACGAAUCUUGUCACUACACAUCGCCUGGACAACGGUUGCAACAACUGUCGCGAGCGGCCGGGUUCUCAUUGCAGUGGUGGCUACGUUGUCGAGAUGCCUAGCCUCACACGGAGGUGGCAACGAAAAUAUGGUCACGACUGGUCUAAGCUUAACCUGCAGCUGCAGGACAUUAUGGACGCUUCACCUGAGGCAUUUUUGUCAUUUACCGCUAUGAAGAAGUGCAACGGAAGUCGCCUUAUUCAUCGUCUUUCUAUGCGCGGCAACGUAGGCUUCAGGCAAAAUGCGACAUUGGAACAGCCUCGCGAUUCAGACGUUGCCACGGAUAGCAUCAACGAGACGCCCGUCAUGGAGACAUCGCUGGAGAACGGCGGCUUACUAUGA